AUGUAUCAGCUUGGACCACAGAACAUCGACUGUACUAUCAGUGAUGACGUUGACACGUGGGAAUCUUCUCUGCCACGCAUUGAAGACAUAUCAAAGUUUCGAAUUCUUGGUCUGACUGCUGGGAGCUUCACACCAUUCAAGCCAAAUGGGUUAGACAAUGUUAUUGUUCAUGUUGGAGGAAAUAAUUUACGUGAGGCCAAGGAAUUGGCUCAACAUGCAGAGCAAAUUGGUGCUAAUGCCAUCAGCUCCCUUCCAACAGUGUUUUUGAGGCCAAAAAAUGUUCAAGCACUGGUUGAAUACUUGAGAGAAUUGUCAGAAGCAGCUCCUACAUUACCACUGUAUUAUUACCAUAUACCAUCAAUGUCUGGUGUGAAUUUAUGCAUGGAAGAACUACUUGAUGCAAUUGGUGACAGUAUACCAACAUUCCGUGGUAUGAAAUAUACUGCUGCAGAUUUACAUGACUUUGGACGAUGUAUCACCCAUAGCAAUGGGAAAUAUGAUAUGUUGUAUGGUAAUGAUGAGUCCAUCUUAGCGGCACUAUCAUUUGGAGGAAAAGGAUUUGUUGGAAGUACAUACAACUAUUCUGGAAAAAUGUGCAAUCGUGUCAUUGAUGCCUUCAAUAAACGAGACCUUGAAACUGCCAGGUCAGAAAUGUUUAAGGUGCAAGCUUUCGUCAGUGUCCUCAAGAAAUAUGGUGGUUCUGUCGAUGCCAAUAAAUGUAUCAUGGUCUUAAGUGGCCUAGAUGUUGGGCCACCUAGAUUACCAUUAAUUGAGUUCACCAAGGAAAAUCGUGAAAAUCUACAAAAAGAUUUGGAAGCUGUUGGGUUCUUUGGUCUUAUAUGAACAAAUAUAAUUGUUGUUAGAGAAACGGUCAACAGUUGUACUCUCAACAAAUGAAGAAUAAAAUAAUGUAUUUUAAAUAUUAGUUAUAUAUAUUAUAUUCAGCAGAUCAUAUCCUUGUAAGGAAUUAUUUAUAAUAAAAAUUCUAAUUGUUGAAUGAACAACUUUUGAUCCAGAG